AUGUCAAUAACACCCAUCAUCACCUUCAAGGCCGGGCUUUGCGAAGUCGACCAAUCGUCCAAGCCUUACAAGGUCAAGCCGAAGCCGACUCCCGGCUACAUAUACCUCUACUCGGAAGAUGACCUAGUUCACUUCUGCUGGAGGCCCAGGUCGGUGCCGCUGGACCAGCCCGAGCUGGACCUCGUCAUGGUGCCGACCGACGGCCACUUCGUGCCCUACGACACGCGCACGCCGAGCCACCCCUCGUCCAAGACCAACGGCCGCAUCUUUGUGCUCAAGUUUUCCUCCUCCUCUCAGAGAUACCUCUUCUGGCUGCAGUCGAAGCCGCAGGCCCGCAGCGGCGAUCCGGCAUGGCUCAGCCCGCGCGACCGCAAGAUUGGCGAGAUUGUCGACCGUCUGCUGCAGGGCGAGGAGGUUAAUGUGAACCGCGAGCUGGCUUCCGUCCAGAACAAUACCGACGACAGCGGCAGCGGGCCUCGUCGCCGCGAUGCCGACGACGACGAAACGAUGGAGGAUAUUGAGGGGCACGGUGAUCCAAGUCACCGGGGCGGUGCUGGCGGCGCUGGGCCCGGCGCCACGGGGGGUGAUUUCAGGUCGGAGGGCGAGGAUGCCAGAGAAGGAGGAGCAGAUGGGGCGCGAGCGGCGACCACCGCCAAUGACGCAGCCACCGUGGUGCAGAACUUCCUUCGCUCCCUCCAGCAAGCCCAAGGCGCCACAGGCGGUCUUCUCGGCGCAGCCGCCAACGGCCGAGACUUCCCGCUCCUGACCGAUCUCCUCGAGCCCGCAACCACCAUCCCCAUGCUCGACUCCGCCUCCGACGAGUAUGUCGACAACCUGCUAAGCUACCUCCCUCCAACCAUCAUCGUCCUCUCCCAGCAGGGCGAGACUGCCACAACAGCCGACUCGAUCGAGGCCGAGCCGUCGACCGAGGCCGUCGAGGCGGCCAAGCAGGCCAUGAGCUCCGCACAGAAGCGUGCACUUCUCAAAAAGGUACUGCGUAGUCCCCAGUUCAGCCAGAGCCUGGCUAGCCUGACACAAGCGCUGCGUGAUGGUGGACUGCCGACCAUUGCGGAGGCGCUGGGCAUCGAGGUUGAGAAUGGCGGGCUUGUGAGGGGCGGGACUGUGCCGCUUGGUGGGGGGGCUGCGGUUGAGGCGUUUGUGGAGGGUGUGAAGAAGACGGUGCAGCAGCAGAAGAAGGAUUGA